AUGGCCUCCAAGUUCCUACGAGAGUACAAGCUAGUAGUCGUUGGCGGUGGUGGUGUCGGAAAGUCUUGUUUGACCAUCCAGCUCAUCCAGAGCCACUUCGUGGAUGAGUAUGACCCAACAAUUGAAGAUUCCUACCGCAAGCAGUGUGUGAUUGACGAUGAGGUUGCUUUGUUGGAUGUCCUGGACACAGCAGGCCAGGAGGAGUACUCGGCAAUGCGGGAACAGUACAUGCGCACCGGCGAGGGCUUCCUGCUCAUCUACUCGAUAACAUCGCGUCAAUCCUUCGAAGAGAUCAUGACCUUCCAACAGCAGAUCCUCCGCGUCAAGGACAAGGACUAUUUCCCCAUCAUUGUGGUCGCCAACAAGUGUGAUUUGGAGAAGGAGCGCGUAGUCUCCGAGCAAGAGGGUGAAGCCUUGGCCCGACAGUUCGGCUGCAAGUUCAUCGAGACCUCCGCCAAGUCCCGCAUCAACGUCGAGAAUGCCUUCUACGACCUCGUUCGUGAGAUCCGCCGCUACAACAAGGAGAUGUCGUCCUACCCCUCCGGCUCGGGUGCAUUCGGUGCCCGCCAGCCAGAGGGUAAGAUGGAUGUCAGUGAGCCCGACGAGAGUGCCGGCUGCUGCUCCAAGUGCGUGGUCAUGUAA